AUGAAUAUCUCUAACAUUUUUAUAGAUGUACCAUCAAGUCCAUACUCAGUUCGUCUGUCAGCCGUCUCCCAGCGCUUGGCAACUGUCACAUUCAUGAAGCCAGACUCUCACGGAGGUGUUCCCAUCAGCUACUAUUUGGUGCAGUAUAAGGAGAUGGGCUCCCAAGACUGGAGGGACAUCAAGUCACACAGUGUCCAGACCACAGUGGUGCUGACGGGACUGGAGCCCAACACCACGUAUGAGGUCCGAGUGGCAGCUGUCAAUGGAAAAGGUCAAGGAGAAUUCAGCCACAUGGAAACCUUCCAGACUUUACCAAUCCGUGAGCCAAGUCCACCAGCGGUCCAUGGGCAGAGAGGGAUGGGCAAGGACUACCGACUGGGGCUGGUCAAGCAGGAUGAUGGAGGGAUGCCUAUUGUGGAGUAUAUAGUCAAGUACAAAACAGACAAAGAGGAACAGUGGAUGACCAAACUGGUCCCAGGGGCCAAUGAUUUUGCUCUGCUGCAGCCGCUGCAGUGGAACACAAGAUAUGAAGUGGAAAUCACAGCACGCAACGUCAAGGGGUUGUCAGAGCCCACUUUCUAUCAGUUCUUCAUGCCACAGAAACCUGACAUUACAGAAUCCCUGUUCAGCGGCCUGGGGCUCGGUGCGGUGGUGGGCCUCGGCCUUGGAGCUCUGCUGCUGCUCCUGGUGCUGGUGGACAUCAGCUGCUUCUUCCUGCGCCACUGCGGCCUGCUGAUGUGCAUAACGCGCACUCUCUGCAGCAAGAAAACAGCCACGAGUGGCAAAGGCAAAGAAAUGGAGGAGGGCAAGGCUGCCUACCUGAAGCUACCGCUGAAGGAAGAAAAUGGCAAAGAGUCUCUCAAGCCGGAUACGAUUGAAAUCAAGGUGCACGGCGACAACAGCUUCCACAUAAAGCCAGACGACAGUAAAGCGUAA